AUGAGUUCUAAGAAAGGUAAACGCCACGCUGGUAAUAAACAUUUUCCGAUCGCUGAAUCUGUGAGUAUAGCACUGAAGAUCCAGUUGGAUAAAUUUAUUAGUGACGAAAAUGAAACAGAGCUGAAAUUCCCUACAUUCCUAUCAGCUCAGGAGCGUGGUUUUAUUCAUGAAACUGUGGCUAAGUUAGGUCUCAAGUCGAAAUCGCGCGGGAAAGGAGUGAACCGGUACUUAACAAUAUAUAAACGCAUUGGUUCCACAAUAAUUCAAAAUGAUGCCAAAUUCAUUUUGGAUUCCAACAUGCGGUGCAGCAUUGCCGAGUUGUGCAAUACAUUUCCAAUCACCAGUAAAGAGAAGGACGAUCUCAGUAGCUGUCCAGAGAAGGAAAGAAGCCCACAAAUGGCACAUAAGACUAUGGGACAGUUGAACAAUGGAGUUGCACAGGUACCCAACACCUCUUACAACGCAGACCUGCUGAAGUUUCGUGAGAAGUUGCCAGUUUAUGAGCAGAGACAAGAUCUGCUUAAUGCUAUUACGCACAAUCAGGUGAUUAUUGUAGCCGGCGCUACUGGAUGCGGGAAGACAACGCAGCUGCCACAACUAGUGCUUGACCAUUGCCAGGAGCACAAACAGCCUGCCAGGAUUUACUGCACACAACCUAGGAGGAUAUCGGCAGUUUCUGUCGCCGAAAGAGUGGCGUACGAGCGUAUGGAAAAGAUAGGCCAGUCUAUCGGCUACCAGAUCCGCCUCGAGUCACGCGUGAGUCCUCGCACCGUGCUCACCUACUGCACCAACGGAGUACUGCUCCGGACACUCAUGGCGGGAGACACUUCGCUUACUGGCGUGACACACAUCUUCGUGGACGAGGUCCACGAGCGCGACAAGUUCAGCGACUUCCUGCUCAUCUCGCUGCGCGACGCGCUGCCGCGGUUCAAGGAGCUCAAGCUCGUCCUCAUGUCCGCCACCAUGGACACGCUCAUAUUCUCAAGGUAUUUCAACAAUUGUCCAGUGAUCACAAUCCCUGGUCGCCUAUACGAGGUGCAGCGCUACUACCUCGAGGACGUGCUCAAGAUCACCCAGUACAGGAACGCUAAGAUGAACCAAGUGCAGAAAGAACUUAAACACAAACUUAAAACAGGACACAGCUAUUGGAGUCAGUUGGAAGGUCAAAAACAAGACGAUGGCAGCUCCAGCAGUAAGGAUAUAAGUCAAGAGAAGGAGAACGCGUUGGACCCAGCCCUACAGGCAGAUAUGGAUGAGUUCCUCGACGAGUGUAUCAACGAAGGAACGUUGGACUCGUUCACGCAGAUCCUGUACAUGUACAUCUCGGAGGGUGUGCCGGUGACCUGCCAGCACUCGCGCUCGCAGCUCACGGGGCUCAUGGCCGCCGCCGCCAAGGGACUCGCCGAGACCGUCGCGCAGAUGCUGCAGAUCGGUGCCGACCCAACUGCAAAGGACAAAAACGGCAAAACGGCAUACGAUUACGCCGUAGAGAAUAACCACGCGGAAUGUACCAAAUUACUUGCCACAUUCAACCUGUCAGAGGAAUCCAAAGAGAAUGUAGAAGACGAUGCAUCCACAGAUAAUUUCCUUCUAGAUGUAUAUCACCACUCUAUUUCCGAGGAGCUCAUAGACCACGAUCUCAUGUUAGCUCUCAUUAAACAUAUACACGUGAACUUACCCAAGGGCAGUAUUCUCAUAUUUCUGCCGGGAUAUGACGACAUAGUUACCUUGAGGGACAUGAUACAAUCAUGCUCGGAGAUGAAUGUACUCAAAUAUCAAAUAUUCACUUUACAUAGUAAUAUGCAAACAUUGGACCAAAAGAAAGUAUUCAAUCCCCUGCCUAAUGCCAGAAAGAUUAUAAUAUCCACGAAUAUAGCGGAGACGUCGAUUACGAUUGACGAUGUGGUGUACGUAGUCGACUCGUGUAAAGUUAAAGAGAAGUAUUAUGAAUCGAAUGGUGGGGUUUGUUCCCUACAAUGUGUGUGGACGUCCAGGGCGUGCUGCCAGCAGAGGGCAGGGCGAGCCGGGAGGACCAAGCCCGGACAUUGCUUCCACAUGUGCUCAAGCCGACGGUUCAAGACACUCCCGCUCAACUCCGUACCAGAAAUUCUUCGAGUACCUUUACAAGAAAUGUGUUUACAUACGAAGUUGCUAGCGCCGGGCAAUACCCCUAUAGCCGAUUUCUUAUCGAAAGCUCUAGAGCCACCGUCGUUUUUGGCAGUAAGGAAUGCUGUGUCUUUACUUAAAACAAUUGGAGCGUUAACUCCGAUGGAAGAUUUGACGGAAAUCGGGCAGCAUCUCCUAGACCUUACUGUAGAACCAAAGUUAGGUAAAAUGUUGUUAUACGCAUGUGUUAUGAAGUGCUUGGACCCCAUAUUGACUAUCGUAUGCAGUUUAGCUAAUAAAGAACCGUUCCAGAUAUCUUUGAACCCUGAGAAUAGAAAGCGUGGGAGUGUUGCAAGGAAAGAUUUUGCUGCAGACAGCUUUUCUGACCAUAUGGCGUUACUGAGAGCUUUCCAAGCUUGGCAAUCUGUGAGAGCCAAUGGUACAGAACGUGCAUUUUGUGCCAAGAACUUAAUAUGUGGUGCUACCAUGGAGAUGAUUGUUGGCUACAGAUCUCAGUUACUCGCUCAGCUCAGAGCCUUGUGUUUAGUCAAAGCCCGAGGUUCCGGAGACAUCAAGGAUGUCAAUUUGAACUCUGAAAAGUGGCAUGUUGUCAAAGCUGUAUUAGUAAGUGGGUUAUACCCGUCCAUAGCCCGUGUCGACAGGGAUUCCUGUUCGCUAAGGACAUCUAAGGAAGUUAAAGUUGCUUUCCAUCCUAGUUCAACACUACACCAAGGUGGAAGUCUGACAGGAUCCCAAAAAUUCGUUCAGAGUCUACCUACAGACUGGGUAGUGUUUGAAGAAAUUUCUAGAACAGGAAGAUUCUGUUUCAUUCGUUGCAAUACUCUCGUUACUCCAUUAACAGUGGCGUUAUUCGGUGGUCCAUUGCGACUGCCUCUGGGAGCCUUGACUCAGCGUGCCAACCCUCCAGGCUUGUCGAGCGACUCGGACAGCGAGGCCGACGAGAACAACUCCUCGCCUGACACGGCAGUCUUGACUCUGGACGACUGGAUGGCUUUUACAGCAGAUGCAUCAGAUGCCAUUAGCGUGUUCUACCUCAGACAGAAACUAUGUGCGCUCGUCAUCCGUAGAAUGUCGAAUCCUGCUAAACCAAUGACACCGUUAGAUGAACAGAUACUUAGUACUGUUGUACACGUGUUAGGGGCUGAGGAGAAGAAUGUGGGAUUAAAUCAGCCUAUCGGUAUCGGCCAACGGCCAAAGCCCUUAACUGUAGACUCUCCGAACUGGCGCUCUCGGUUUGAUAACGACGAGCAAUACCGUCACGACAACAAAUAUUACCAGCAAUACAAUCAAAACGAUUUCGCUGGAGGGAAUUACUACCAGAAUGCGUAUGGGUACAGAAACGGCCAAGGUAGACCUGGGGGAUGGAGAAAUGACGUCCCUCAAGGGUUUUCUCCGUCAUAUAGCGGUCCUAAAAGCCCUAUGUCGCCGAACGGUAAGACCCUGCUAGCGAACAUUGAGAAGUAUGGAGGGGAUAGUGGCGAAGGCAACGUUAGGUACUUCGUGGCUAAGGCGGACGAUACGCAUAGCGUUGAAGUAGCGCAAAACACAGGGACGUACCCUUUCACGCAAGGAACUGCGAAGAAAUUGCAGAAAAUAAAACAGGAGGGAGGUCGCGUGGUAGUGUUCUUCUCGUGCGCGAGCGCAUCCAAGUUUGUGGGUAGCGCCGCGCUGGUGGACACCAGUGGGGCGCUGGAGUGGCUCUCCACCAACCACAUCUCAUACCAUAUGAUCAGGCACAUCUCGAACUCGCUGGCGGGCGGCGCGCGCGUGAGCGGCGCUCGCGACGGCGCCGAGAUCUGCGCGCCCGCCGCUCGCGCCCUGCUCGCCGCGCUGGCGCAGCGCCGCCCCCCCCACCAGCCCCACCAGCCCCACGCGCCCCACGCCCCCCACCAGCCCCACCAGCGCCACCACCACGCGCCGCACGCCCACCCGCGCGCCAUACAGAAGCACGCCGCCGACGCCUGA